AUGGUUCGGGCCGGGAUAAAAGAAGCGCAUCCCGCCGGAAUUUGGUCUGAUCUCUCAAUAGAUGGGCCGGUAAUUGGUACACUCAUUGUGGUUUUAGACAAAGCCAAAAACUUGCCAAACCGGAAGAAAAUUGGGAAGCAGGAUCCGUACGCUGUCGCACGUCUGGGGAAGGAGGGAAAGCGCACGGAUACAGAUGUUCGUGGCGGUCAAACACCGCGGUGGGAUAAGGAACUCCGGUUCCCUGUGCGCAACUCACCGGAUUAUAGGAAGCUCAAGAUCACCGUGUUUAACGACGAUAAGAAGACCGACCUAAUUGGCGAGUGCAGCAUACGUCUCGACAAGAUUCUAGUGACCGGCGGUGGAACCGACGAUGGCUGGAGGGGGCUGAAGUGCAAGGACAAAUACGCAGGAGAAAUCUUGGUUGAAUUGACGUUCUGGGACAUGAGGCCAACGCCGGAAAUGCAGAAGAGGAGUGACGAGACGUCGGUCGUGAAGCAGAGGGAAGUUGAAGAGAGGAGAAGGGAUCCGAUGCGGAAGCUUGGUGGUGCGCGAGACAUGGGAUCAAAGGAGAGGAUACCGAAAAGGAGACCGCUACCGUCAGACCCAAGUCUCUCGAGAGAGGACUUGAGUUUGCCAUCUCAACAGUCUCAAGAGCCUGCGCGUGUGACGAGGAGGUCAAGGCAUCCCCACCACCCGCAGGUUCACCAAAGCCACCAUUCGGACCCGCGAGCUCAUCAUAGAGAGAUGAGGGGUUCAAGACCAAUUAGUUUCCCGAACAACAGAGGAGGAAUCGCCAUGACUCCUGCUGCUGUGAACCCUGGGAAUGAAAUUUAUGACCCAUAUGGUCAACAUGAUAGCUAUAUUCCGGGUAUGGAUAUGUUGGGCCAAUACGACGAACCAGAUGUCCGAAACGGCCAUCAGACACCCCCUCCUCCCCCACCGUUACACUCGAGAAGUUACCAGGGAGAUGGCCGCCAUCAUUCGGCGACAAACAUUGCUACUCAGCUUGUUCUUCCAUCUCAGCAGCAAAGCCAGCAGGGAAAUGCUUCGGGUCAUCGAAGACAGAAGUCUCUUCUAAGACAUUAUCAAAGUGUGCCAGAUUGGCAGUUCUACCAGCAGAAUAACCCAAUCGACUCGCCGGAAAUGCAAUUCGACCAAUAUGGCGGUUCUUACCCCGGGCCCCAGAACGAGUUCCCUCCCCAGCAAGGGUUUGAGGAGUACGACGAUCGUCCCGCUCCUUCUCCAAACACGCACCAUAAUAGGCGCUCAAGACACCAAGAAUACAACGGGAUACGCCCCGAGGACGAGAUUCCUGGUCUUUCGUUUGGAUCUACAUCUACCAGCUCACAGGCCAGUCUUAGGAAUAAUGAUGACCCACCACCGCCGCCGCCGCCGCCACAUGCCCGUAAGCCCGCCCCGACGCGUAUGGAAGAGCCUGAUUGGCAGGUCAAGCCACUACGUUCUUUCGCGGAGCAAAAUAUUGCUGCUUACGACGAUGCACACGCGCAAAUGGCUGCUUUUGGUCUUGAAGAAAGAGCACCGUCUCGGGGCAGGGAUAUCCCGCCUAGUAGGAACGGUGUGCCAAUUCCGCCCAGUCUCGUCCCUGGAUUUGUUCCGGAGGAAGAGACAGAGAGAGUUACGAGGGGGAGGGGAUUGAGCUUCAAUGAAGCCGCUUCUGCUGAGGUUGCUGCUCUGCUCCAUCUCAAUGCAUCUACGCCACAAAUGGGGGGGCAAAUGCAGCACGUGCCCAGCAAGAACUACCAUCGGCCUCAGGUAGAGGAAGUCCAGGAUGUUGCGCUUUAUCAGCCACAGCUCUUACCAGAGGACCAGGUUAUUGAACGAACGAAGAAACAACGGCCAGCACCAAUGGUCAAGCCGAUGCCAAUUCAUGGCGAAAGAAAUGUGGGGGCCAUGGCUGAAGCGACUACUAGUAUCAAUAAGAGGAAUUCGAUGAUGGUUGCCCCCGAGAGGAAGCCGGUACCACCUCCUUCGCCAAAGCCCUUAGAGGGACUUCCAUUUUCACCUGACUCUUUCAAUAUUAUCAACCCUGGCCCAGCUGUUGAAGCAGAGUCCAAGAAGCCCAAGAAGAUGAUUAGUCCUGGGACAAACCGUGUGCUUGAUGGAACUGAUAUUCUCCCACCCGAGAGCUUUGCACCAGAACCAGAGCUCAAGAAGCGUAGCCCGCGUCCUCCUCCGCAAGUUCCUGCUAAUCACAGGAAGGAGAGAGUUCUCCGUAGCUUGAGUCCUCUCCCGCCAAAGAAGGCUGAGAGAUUGGCUCUACCUCCUCCACCUCCUUCUGUACCAAAAAGAGAAUUUGUAAACCCCAACGACAGCGCAGUCGAGGCCCCCAGAGACAGGGAGCGGGAGAGAAAGAAGAAGCACAGGAACUCGCUGAGCAUGGCGCUUGUGCCAAGUAACAGCUCGGGCUCGAGACAGGAGGGUACCAGCAGGAACCGUCAUUCCAUGGUUCCUGGAGCCAUGGUAAUGUACAACCCUCAGGGCGAGAGGGAACAGCGUCGUCAGGAUAGGGACAGGAACAGAGACUCUCGGGCUCUUGUCCCUUCAAAGGGUUAUGAAAAUUACGGGUACGAAGAGCCAAGAUAUACUGGAAUGGAGGUUGCCUCAUAUGCACCCACCUCCAGGGCAUCGCGUGCCCCCACCUCAGGACCCCCAAUCCCGGCGAAGAUCCCAAUCCCGGGCGGAAAUGGCCAGCUGAGUAGGGAGGAUUACUUGUUGAGCCAGGAGAUGAGUAUGAUCAACAUCGGGUCUACGAAUCUGGGUAGAACCCGUAGGAGGUAUUAA